UGUCAAAGUUAAAGUUCGAUGUAAACAGUAGUUCUGCUAUCAGAUCGGAUUGGAUGAGUAAUCUUUUUCUGUAAAAGAAAACUUCCAAUUUAAUCGCCUUUAAAAAUUGAACAAAAUGCACGGCCGUCUGAAAGUUCGUACCAGCGCCGAGGAAGCCGCUCGCAAGCAGAAAGAACGGGAGCAAAAAGCCAAAGCCUUCCGAGCCGGAAUGGGACGGAUUCUGAUGAAAAAAGUUACUGACGAGUUAGACGAAGAAAUGAUGCAACUAACUGCGAAGAUUUUGGCGGCGAAUCCGGAUGUGGCCACGCUGUGGAACCUUCGCAGGCGAUGUAUACUGAAGUUUGCGGAGGCUGACCCGGAGAACCAAAAAAUCUUUGAAGAUGACUUGAGAUUCACGGAAAUGUGCCUGCAAGUGAAUCCAAAAUCAUACUGUGCUUGGCACCAUCGCUGCUGGUGUUUGGAAAAUAGCCCCUCUCCAGAUUGGCAGAAGGAAGUCGAUCUGUGCACCAAAUAUUUGAAGCUAGAUGAAAGAAACUUUCAUUGUUGGGAUUAUCGACGGUAUGUGACAGAAAAGGCCAAUGUCCCACCCAGCAAGGAAUUGGAAUUUUGCACGGAGAAGAUACACAACAAUUUCUCUAACUACUCUUCCUGGCACUACCGGAGCAAGCUGCUGCCAAUUCUGUACCCAAACAAAGAAGAUCCAUCUCGCCCAAUCAGCGAGGAAAAGCUUCUGGAAGAGUUGGAACUGGUGCUGACGGCAGCUUUCACAGACCCGAACGAUAGCAGUGCAUGGUUCUAUCAACGCUGGUUACUCGGCUAUUCACGUCCCGAGUUGGACCUUGCUGCCUUUAGGUUAGAUUCUAACAGAAAACUAGCAGUUAUUACAUUUACGCGGCCAGUCAAUUUGAAGCAUAGCAAAACGAAACUAGAUUUCAGCUUCAGCGAAGAAAUGGGAGACGUUGAAAAGUGGCAAUCGGCUUCGCCUGAGGAAACUUAUAGCGUCACAUGGUUCACCAAAGAUUUCAAUUGUGUAUUGCCAGAUCAAGCAGAGUAUUCAAUAGCCUUCACAGAUGAGGAUGGAAAAUGCUACAAACUUGAAGUCCAAAAGCCAGUAGAAGGAGUGUUGGUUUCAAUCAAAAAGCCUAAAUGCGGAUACGAGUUUGGUUCUGCCGUCUUGGAAGUUCUAAAAGCACAACUAGCCAACUGUGAGCAUUUGCUGGAGUACGAACCGGACAGCAAAUGGACACUUCUGACCGCAGCUCUUCUGAUGAAAGCUAUCGAUCGAAGCGGGAACCAUGCUAAAAUAUUGGAGAAUCUAGAAAAGCUGCAAACGGUUGAUCCGAUGCGGAAGGGCUACUAUCAGGAUAUGAUGAACAAGUGGAGCAUUGAGAUCCGCCUGGAAUGCUGGCUCGAAGGGGAAAAGCCAUUGGAAAAGCUGGACCUAAGUGAACUGAGACUGAACCGUUUGGCCUACGAGCAGUACCUGGCGGUGGCGGAUGAGAUCGACCUGACGGGAAAUGAACUGCUGGAGGGCAGUUUGGCUAAGUUUUGCCAUUUUGUGUUUUGUCGCAAGCUGACGCUGACCAAAGGUGGACCAUUGGCGGAAGGUGCAGAGCUGAAGAUGAAGCAACUUUGUGUGAGUUUGGAUGAACUGAAAUUAGUGGAAUAGAAUUAGACACAUUCCGUUUUAUAGCUAUUAGUCAACGGUAUGAGAAGAGGGGGAUAAUUAUCAUAGAGCUAUUCUUAUGCUUUUGUGCGCAAUCGCUAGCUAUGCUUAGCAUAACAUAAAUUUGAAUAUAUGCAACAUGCUUAUAGAGAUA